AUGCUGUUGAAUUAUUUCCUUUAUGAAAAAUCGCCCGUUAAUACCAUUGUACAAGGAUGGUGGACAAAGAAACAUAGGACAGCCUACAAGAUGAGCGAGGGCUGGGGGUUCGGAGCAUUGUUGAAGACGUUCAUAUGGGGUUAUCUUAUCGGUGGCCUGACCCUCAUACCUGCCUUGGCUACAAUUGCCUGGUUCUGGGGCACAACACUCGUCGAUGCAGUCCAAGCCGCGGACAAGACGGGCGCCAGCAACGACCAUACGACGAAUUCGAACUCGUCCAGCGAGAAGGACGAUGAGAGCGGCAGCUUGGGAAUAGGAAUCGACGACGAGAUAUUGGAGAAGCUGAAGGCGAAAACACAUGUGCCAGACGUCUGCGCUGGAUACUUUGCCGUCUGCCGCGAGUAUGUGCCAGGCGGCGUGAAUGGCAAGCCGCCAGACCGGACGACACCAGCAGGUGCCGUGGUAGCGGUCGAGAGCCCAAGCGUAUAUCAGUCCAUGUACAGAAGCCUCUUCGAUAGGAAUAAGAACACGAGUCCUACUAUUGAGACCGCGAAUUCCAAGAAUAAGAAGGCUCGCAACGUAUUCUAUGUUGUCUUGCGAUUGGGACAUUUGAUGCUCUAUGACAACGACGAUCAGAUCGAAGUGCGCCAUGUCAUUUCCCUUGCUCAUUACAAAGUUGACGUCCACGCUGGUGGAGAGCCCAUACCUGAGGGAGAGCUAUGGAUCAAGCGGAACUGCAUUCGGUUAGUUCAAGAUCUCGAAGGCGACUCCCUUGCGGAAGCGAAGUCAUUUUACCUCUUCUCCGACAACUGCUCCGAAAAGGAAGACUUCUACCAUGCCAUGCUACAGGCGCAGGAACACCACGUAGGCGAUAGCGCCGCACCAGCCCCCGUGCCGCUCAAAUUUGACACGCCAGAUCUUGUCAAACUCGUACAACAAUUGCACGCCUCGGAAGAGAAUUUGCAUACACGUUGGAUCAAUGCCCUCAUCGGACGAGUCUUUCUCGCCAUGUACAAGACGUCACAAAUUAAAGACUUUAUCGCUGCCAAAAUCAACAAGAAAAUUGCUCGCGUGCCUAAGCCUGCGCUGAUUAGCAGCAUUACGCUACGGAAAGUAGACAUGGGCACUCUCCCACCGUUUAUCACUAAUCCAAAGCUCAAGGAACUUACGGUUGAUGGAGAUCUCAUAGUAGAAGCUGAUGUAAGCUACAAGGGCAGUUUCAGGAUCGAAAUAUCUGCCAUUGUGCGUAUCGAUUUGGGGGCUCGGUUCAAGGCGCGCGAGGUAACGCUCGUGCUCGCGACUGUUUUGAAGAAGCUGGAGGGACAUAUUCUCCUGAGGAUCAAGCCGCCACCAAGUAACAGACUUUGGAUGACCUUUGAGACGCCACCAAAAAUCGACUUGUCGCUUGAACCGAUUGUAAGCUCUCGGCAAAUCACGUACGGCCCAGUUCUUCGAGUCAUGGAGAAUCGCAUACGAGAAGUGGUCAAUGAGACUUUGGUUCUGCCAAACUGGGACGAUAUGCCCUUCACAAAUACCAUAUCACAGGUCAUUCGAGGAGGCAUAUGGCAUGAGGAGAAGGAAACCAAGGACGAUGAAAGCUUGCAUAACAUCAAGCAGGAUGAUACAGCGCUGGAGAACGCUGUACUAGAUACAGAGAAACUCGAUGAGAUUGCUGAUUCAGCCAGUUCGCACAUGUCGAUACACUCGACUGUCGACUCGGAGGACACUGGAAUUGGGGUAUCUACCUCUACAGACUACAAGUCCACGGGUACUCGACCUCGGCCCUUACAAUCAAGUUCGUCUGCAGCUCAAGUCAAAGUCGACUCAGCGAACGCUUCGGCAGAGAUAUUCCAUGAUCGUAGCUCCCUCACUCCGACCAGUGUCCGAUCUCUACCUAUCACAUCACCCAUUAAGUCCCCAAUUCGUUCAGACACGGCUGGAACUCAGGCUACAGAGUCCUCUUGUAGCUCCCGAGAGGACGUAUCCACGGCCUCCAUCUCCGGUACCAGCACCAAGUCUGCGCCCUCCCCCUCCUUUGAGCAAUCCCACAACCGCACGCGAUCCAAAGAGCUCUCCGCUCAGGAAAUCGCUACUGCCGCCGCCGCAGCAGCAGGAGCCACAAACAUGGCCACCAAGAAGCAAACACUCGGUCAAAACCUCGGCUCCGCAACAGCAGCAGCACGGCACUGGCUUGCUUCCAAACAAAGUCCCCAGCCCUCUCGCACCAACCCGAAAAACCCACCACCCGAUAGCAAACCCAACUCCAACAACAGGCCAAUAUCCUCGGGCGGUCUAGACGGCGAUACUACAGCCCCCAAUUCCAACAUCAACACCACUGCCCAGGACCCAUCACGGCCCCAUCUUCCUUCCCCUGCCCUAUCUACAUCCUCACACUACACUGAACCCAUGGGCCGCGGCCAACCCCUCCCUCCCCCUGGAACUCCACUCCCUUUGCCCAAAACCGAAUCCCGGAAACCAUGGUCUAUACCCCCUGUCGCCGUCACAGCAGCAUCGACGUUUGCGAACCUCGCAAAACGAAAGCCCGUGUCCACGGCACCGACGCUUGCGCAUAAGAAAUCUCACGAGGGCUUUGAGUACUUUGCUGGUUCGGGGGUGGGCGCAGGCGCAGGCACAGGCGUGGGAGUAGGUUCGUCUACGGCCUCACAUACACACGCACAUCCAAGUCCCCACACCACCCAACUCGAAACCCCAGACCCAGCCCCGCACGCACUCAGAGAUUCCGACAGCGAGGAAUCACUAUUUCGCAGGAAAAGCUCGGCUACGACGGAGACGCUGGAUUCACGGCGCAGGAAAUCUAGUGCGGCGAGUUCGAACUCGAAUUCGAAUGUUGGUGGAAUUGCGAAUGUGAAUCCGAAUUCCGAGGCAAAUACCAAUAUCAAUAUUCAACCCCCACCCUUGUCAAGGAGACGCACAAGACAAUCGAGCUUAAAUCAUAUCAGCCAUGCCCAUGGGCGCAGAGUAAGUCAACCUAUCGCAGCGCAUGAGGCACAGAGCGAGACUUUGCUUGUUGUUGAAGCCCCGGUUGUAGAAGGCAGUGCAGCUUCGUCGCCCACGUCGACAUCAGCAUCAAUGCCGUCGAAACGGGAUGGCGUUGAUGCGGGGCGCGCGGAUGUGGCGACGGAGCUUGAUGCUAGUCCUUGGUUUUAG